AGGCUACCCGCUAAACCCCGAUCCCGUUUUCUCGAUUCCUCGCUGGUCUGGCAACGCCAAGUUUAGAAUUUGCUCUCUAAUCAACAUGGCAACGUUCGCCGACAAGCUUGUACCGCAUCUCGGGCGAAUCCGAGCUCCUGGACACGCGGACAAAGUUUACAAAGAUGAGUGUGUCUUCUCAUUCGACACACCAGAGUCCGAGGGAGGCCUGUAUGUGUGCCUCAACACUUUCCUCGGAUUUUCCAAGAAGUUUGUGGAGAGGCGUUACGCGAAGACCGGGGACGCCGUCUACCUUCACCUGAAAACCAUCAAAAAGGAGGUGACGGAUGACAGACCGGCUGCCAAGAGAGCUGCUCCUACGAAGCUGGCUAUCGGUUUGGAGGGAGGUUUCGACGUUGACUUGGGCAAGAAGUACGAAUAUGAACAUCACAACUCUCUCGUCAUCCUUCCGAACUUCGACUCGGUUCCUCUGCCGAACACGCAACUCCCCGAAGCAGUGCAGCUUUCCGUUGCAGCUGUUCUUGCAGCUGACUCUGCCAGUGUUGUUAAUGAGUUGGAAGCCAUGGCUGGAACGUGGGAUGGAGAGAAGAGAGUGCCAUCAAAACACAGUGACACAUUGGUGCAGCUGGACAAUGGCGUGAAAGUGGCUCCGACGGGCUGGAAAUGCGAAAGGUGUGACCUCACCGAGAACCUCUGGCUCAACCUGACAGAUGGCGCCAUAUUGUGCGGCCGAAAGUACCACGAAGGCAGUGGCGGCAACAACCACUCGCUCGAGCACUUUAAGAACACCGGUUACCCGCUUGUAGUAAAGCUGGGCACUAUCACACCAGAAGGGGCCGAUGUGCACUCUUACGAUGAGGACGAUAUGGUCAUUGAUACAAACCUUGCCAAGCACCUUGAGCACUUCGGCAUAGAGAUCUCGAAGAUGAAAAAGACAGACAAGACGAUGCUGGAGUUGGAGAUAGACCUGAACCAACGAGUGGGCGAGUGGGCAGUGAUCCAGGAAGCCGGAAGCAAGCUGACACCGCUGUUUGGUCCCGGUUACACCGGUCUGGCCAACUUAGGAAACUCUUGUUACUUGAACUCCGUCGUUCAAGUUGUGAUGAGCAUCCCGGAGUUCCAGCACAAGUACUACGACGAUGCAAACCAGAUAUUCGACAGUUCUCCUCCUGACCCUGCUGAAAAUUUUACAGUUCAAAU